AUGGGGAAAACAGCUUCUGGCAUUGUCUUCCACUGGCGUCGACUCUGCUGGAGGAGGACAGGCCUUGCGUUUGCUGUACCCGCUGUGGCAGAACCUGGCCGAGUCCUGGUUACAUCAGAGUUGACGUGCAAGCAUUGUGUUCUUUGCCGUUGUUAUGUCAUCAAAAAGUUAAACCUUAAAAAUGCUUCCAACCGAGAGAGGAAAGCAGCAGAACAAGAGGCACAGUUGUUAUCCCAGCUGAAGCACCCGAACAUAGUCACCUACAGAGAGUCCUGGCAGGGGGAGGAUGGCCUGUUGUAUAUCGUUAUGGGCUUCUGCGAGGGAGGAGAUCUCUAUCACAAACUUAAAGAGCAGAAAGGCAAACUUUUGCCUGAGAAUCAGGUGGUGGAGUGGUUUGUCCAGAUUGCCAUGGCGCUGCAGUAUUUACACGAAAAGCACAUUCUUCACAGAGAUCUUAAAACUCAAAAUGUUUUUCUGACACGAACAAAUAUAAUCAAAGUGGGUGACCUGGGAAUAGCCAAAGUGCUGGAAAACCAAUACGACAUGGCCAGCACUCUCAUAGGCACACCGUACUACAUGAGCCCCGAGCUCUUUUCUAACAAACCCUACAACUACAAGUCUGAUGUUUGGGCGUUAGGCUGCUGCGUUUAUGAAAUGGCUACACUGAAACAUGCCUUUAAUGCUAAAGACAUGAACUCUUUGGUUUAUCGAAUCAUUGAAGGAAAGCUGCCACCUAUGCCGAAGGAUUACAGCCCACAGUUGGUAGAAAUAAUACGAACUAUGCUCAGUAAAAAACCCGAGGAAAGACCUAGUGUGAAAAGCAUACUACGACAGCCGUAUAUCAAGCACCAAAUUUAUUUGUUUUUGGAAGCCACGAAGGCGAAAGCAGCCAGAAGUCAUAAGAAAACAGUGAAUGCUAAACCGAAAGAUCCUUGUUCUGUGGUCGGAGUAAAGAGUGAGCCUCCUAGGACGAAUGUUACACACCAAAACCACUCUUUUAAGCAAGCCAGGAAAUAUAAAGUUAAUGAAGAAGACUGCAUGAUGAAGUCUAAAGCCACAAAACUUUGUCCCUCAGAGAAACUGGCUGUUGAGUUGGAAAGAAAACCAAGCAAUAAUGAUUUGAACAACCUGGGAGACUCCUUAGCUACAGUUAGUCAAGUGAAUAUUGAUAUCUUACCAUCUGAAAGGAUGAAGUGUGGAAGUGAGAAGUGUGGCAGUGAGCAUAUUCCAGAGAAUAAAGCAAAGUGUUUAAAUGUUCCAGGGAAUUCUAAAUUAACAUCCGGUAGCCCACCAAGUAAGGAAGAUGGACUACAGCAAAGAGCAAAGCAAGUUUUUAAAGCUGAAAAUGUUGAGUCUAAGGAGUCUUCUGUUGAUGCUGUAGAAGAAGAUGGUGACACUCUGAAACUUCUGCAGCCUGUAUCAAAAGACAAAGAGCAAACUGACCUGAGUUUGGAUUCCACUGAAAAGCUGCUAGUACCAUUUGUUCCUGUUGUAAUUCAAGAUGACGUCGGUGAUGGAGCUUUGGGAAAUGCUCAGGAAAAAAUUACCUCCCAUUUGCAGCCUCAUAGUUCUGUCAGUGAACCCUCUCUCUCAUGGCAGCGACAGCAGAAGAAAAGAGAGCUAGCCGAAGUCUGUUCAGAGAAGUUCAGAGCAGCUGCCUCUCGGCCUUUACCUUUUCCUUCUGCUGUGAAUGUAAAGACAAGACAGAGGUGUGCAGAGCAGCAUGCUGCUGAAGUCUCUGAAUCUGUAAAUAGCACCAAAAGCAGUGAAGUUGCCAGUUCAAAGGAGCGGCCCUUGUCAGCAAGAGAACGAAGGAGGCUGAAGCAGUCUCAGGAGGAGAUGUUUCCCUCUGUGAUUCCAGCAAAACGAACGUCAAGUAGUGCAGUAGAUGAAGCAAAAUCACAUAUGGAAAAUCAUGUUAAAGUUGCUCAGUCCUCAUCAGAUCCCAGUAUUUCUCAGAGAAAGAGAGAAACCCAUUACCUGUCUGAUGAUGAGUUAAGCUCUUCUACAAGCUCUACAGAUAAGUCUGAUGGAGAUUCCAAGGAGAAAAAAAACAGCGUGAAUGAAAUGAAUGACCUGGUGCAGCUGAUGACAUGGACACUGAAAAUGGACUCUAAGGAGAACUCUGAAUGCUGUGUAACCUCGACUCCAGCCCCAGAGUUUAAGCUUCAUAGAAAAUAUCGAGACACUUUAAUUUUGCAUGGAAAAUCACCUGAUGAAUCAGAGGAAUUAAAAUUUGAAGAGAUUUCUUCAGAUAUGUUAUCAGUUCCUGACAAGAUUAGGAGAAUGGUUGAAAUCCUGAGAUUUGAUGUAGUGCAAGGAUUGGGAGUGAAACUUCUUGAGAAGGUGUACAGCAUCAUGGAGGAAGACGAUGAAGUGAAAAGAGAGGUGAAUGUCUUUU